AUGGCAUCCAUCCCACUUGUACCUGUGUCUCCACUCGUGAAAACAUCGGCUGAAUGCAAGGCUUCGUUUGCUGAAGCGACACAACGACUAUCACAAGCCAAGCAAGCAACGAAUCCACGGGUGGAUGUGAGCAGUUUGAGACGACUUCUCGAGGAUACUCAGGUGGAACGGCAUAGGCUGGAUACAGUGGAGCAACAAAUGGAAGCCGUCGAGUCCGCAACAGCGUUUCAUUGGGAUCCGGAUGUUCUUGCUCGUCAAAUAGCCGUUGUCAAUGCACAGUUGUAUUCCCGGGUCAUUCUCGACAAGCAAUUGCUUUGUGGUCCUGUCGAUAAGCGUAUGCGACAAACACAUCUGGUCCAUCUCCAAGAUUUCCAUCGUUACCUUACCAACAGCUUUGCCCAUCAGCUCAUCUACUGGUCGGAGCUAACGCCGGCAAGUGCAGUGGUGCCGACCGUGCAUCCCAAAGACAACUUGGUUGUCCAUUUGGUGCGUGUCGCUUAUCUUCUCGUUCACGUCUACAGAGACUUUUCAGGUUUCGCAAGUGUCAUGAAAGCACUCAUGCUACCCGAAGUACGUCGUUUACGUCGAUUGUGGCAUCCUUGUCCCACUCGCACACGCGACAUGUAUCGUGAUCUUGCCCAUUUGCUAUCUCCUUCAAAGAAUUAUCAAGCGUAUCAUGACAUGUUGCAUCGCAAAUUGAACCUCUUGUACAUCAACAAUGGCAACAAAGUGAUGAUGGCUGUACCUUGGAUCCAACCCCAUCUUGCUUCGAUCCAUUCCAUCAUCAAGGAGUACACUGCGGGUGAUCGUGUAUCCGUUUCAGCUGUUCUCUCAGCACCAGGUGCUCGCAAAUUGUCUUCUAUUGUUGCUAUCCUUGAAUUGUGUCAGCAAAGUACCACCACGGAGCUACCAGUAGAUGAGUUACUACAGCAACAACAAGAUGGAUCAAAGGCAGGAUCGGAAUUGGAAAGGCGCAGAAGCAAACGCAUGUCAAUCAAGCCUGUGCAUGUUGAAGGAUUAAGAUCACCAGCAAUUGUUCCUCCUUCGAAUCUUGUUGACAUUGCUCCAGGAGAUUUGCAAGCGUAUCAUUGGCUUGUCUCUCGUGCGUAUCUCACCAAGGAUCAAUUGAUUGAGGAAAGUAUUCAAGUCGAAUCACUUGCACCAGGCGAAUCACUUGCUUGUGAUGUGGAUGAGGAUGAAAUGGAAAUGGUGGAGGAGAAUGAUCGAAUGGAAGAGGAUACUGCCAUUUUCUCUGUACCAGCAACUCCUAUUGUGGCUCGAUCUCGUCGUGCAAGUAUCGAUACCAAGCCCGAUCCAGUGGUCACCAUCACCGACAACGACUCAUCACAAGAUACCACCAAGGAUGAUGAUGAUGAUGACGACGGCGAUGAUGAUGAUGAUGAUAAAGGAGAUGUUGCAGAGCCUGUUGUUGAUACGACUCAUUCAGCUGUUCCUGAAACCAACAAUGAAGAACAAGAAAUGGCGGUGGAAGAGGAUCAGGAUUUGCAAAACCUAUGGAGCGACCACAAGCCCCAAGAAGAAAAGAAUGAUGAUGCUGCUAUCAGUGCACCGGUUCCUAUUGCAGGCACAAGUCAUUCAGUGAUGACAAGUUCGACACAGCAGGAUUCAUCCACCAGCAAACAAACCAAGAAAUCACGCUUGUCACCUACUGCACCUGAAUUUGUACCCACCAGCAAAUUAUCGACAUCAGCUGCAGCUGCUUCUACAGCAACCACCAACCCUGCUAUUGCACCCUCUUCAGUGGUCGUGUCGCCUGCAUCAUCGGUACCUGAAGACCAACAACAACAGCAGCAGGUGGAUGAGGAGGAAGAAAAUGAGGAUCCAGAGGAAGAAUGGCAUGGCUACUUGUAUCAUCUUGAAAAGAAGAAUACGAAUGACAACGAAUCCGAGACAUGGAAUGGUUAUCCAAGCCCACCUCUUGAGUCGACAACACCUGGCCGACGUGGAUCAUCAACCCCUUCUGAAGACUCUGAAGUUUGGAAAGGCUAUCACGCAUCAAAGAUGGAAGAUGAUUGGCAAAAGGAGAUUGAUCGCAAGGUACAGGAUUGCGAUUGGCAGGGUUAUACGCUAGAGACACUGAAUGAAGAUGAGCUGGAUUCAAGCACGAUGAUGGACGGCGAGUUUGAAAAAUCUCGACAAGCAAGACGCAAGGAUGAUGCUAUUGAUGCUUUUCGAAGGAUGCAACAAGAUCGAUGGUCUUCUCAACAUCAACUUCAUCCCUGA